CCAUCUCCUUCCUCUCUCAACAUACAAGUUAAACAGAGUCAACUUCAGCACUGCAGCUUCAGCUCACCUGCCACGAAACUCCACUUUUCUGAAAGAGAAACACGUCCAGGGGCCAUAUCAGACAGGAACGACUUUGUCAGGAGGGUGCCAAUUAAAAAACGAGAGCGGACGGCCAGCUGUCUUGCACGCUGUAAAUCGGAUAAUUUCAUUCAUCACUGCCGUGACACAAGCGGUUCCUUCGCAAGUAGGUCCGAAAACUCUCCGGGCUGCUUUUAAAACUCAUCCAAGUUUGAACUUUCCUCCGCGAGAGCGCGCUUGCCAUCGAGCCGCGAAAGUUUUCUGCGCUGCUGCGCACACAAUUCAACACACAAGUGUCACCGAGGUAUAAAAGUGGACACGGAAAAAGCCAUCAUGAUGAGCAAUAACUACGGCGACGACCAGCUGCCUCCGCAGUACUACCAGGCUACUGACUUUGGGGACGAGGAGGAGGAAGAGAUGCCAGCCACGGAGAAGGAUCUGGCCGAAGACGCGCCAUGGAAGAAGAUCCAGCAGAACACCUUCACUAGGUGGUGCAAUGAGCACCUCAAGUGCGUCAACAAGACGGUCACCGACCUGCAGAAGGAUUUUAGUGACGGCCUGAAGCUCAUUUCACUCUUGGAAGUUUUGAGUCAGAAGAAAAUGUACAGAAAGCACCACAACAGACCCAACUUCCGGCAGAUGAAACUGGAGAAUGUUUCUGUGGCACUAGAGUUCCUGGACAGAGAGCGUAUCAAACUGGUCUCAAUAGAUAGCAAAGCCAUUGUGGAUGGAAAUCUAAAGCUGAUCCUGGGUCUUAUCUGGACUCUCAUCCUCCACUACUCCAUCUCCAUGCCCAUGUGGGAUGACGAGGACGACGAAGAGACUAAAAAGCUGACCCCCAAACAGCGCUUGCUGGGCUGGAUACAGAACAAGGUGCCCCAGCUGCCCAUCAACAAUUUCAACCGUGACUGGCGGGAUGGUAAAGCCCUGGGAGCUCUGGUUGACAACUGUGCCCCUGGUCUGUGUCCAGACUGGGCUGAGUGGGACCCAAAUCAGCCUGUGCAGAAUGCCAGAGAAGCCAUGCAACAGGCCGACGACUGGCUGGGUGUGCCUCAGGUGAUUGCUCCCGAGGAGAUUGUGGACCCAGAUGUAGAUGAACACUCUGUGAUGACCUACUUGUCUCAGUUCCCCAAGGCCAAACUGAAGCCCGGGGCUCCUCUUAAGCCUAAACAGCUUUUUCCAAACAAGGCCAAGGCCUAUGGACCAGGUAUUGAACCUCAUGGCAACAAGGUGCUGCAACCAGCUGUGUUCACUGUGGAGACUCUGGAAGCUGGCAGCGGUGAAGUCCUGGUGUACGUGGAGGAUCCUGAGGGGCACAAAGAGGAGGCUAAAGUUAAACCCAACAAUGACAAAAACAGAACCUACACUGUCACCUAUCUUCCUAAAGUUGAGGGUGUCCACAAGGUGAAGGUGUUGUUCGCAGGUCAGGAUAUCGACAAGAGCCCCUACACUGUGAAUGUGGCGAAGGCAAUGGGUGACCCGAGCAAAGUCCACGCCAGGGGACCAGGUUUGGAUCGAGUAGGCAAUGUGGCUGACAAACCCACCUACUUUGACAUCUACACAGCUGGUGCUGGUAAUGGUGACAUCAGCGUUGUCAUCGUCGAUCCUGAGGGCAAAAAGGACACCGUGGAGCUCAUCCUGGAGAACAAGGGAGACAGCGUUUUCCGUUGCACUUAUCAUCCCGUGCUGGAGGGGCCUCACACUAUUCACAUACUGUUUGCAGGCCAGGAGAUCCCCAAGAGCCCUUACAAUGUCAACAUCGCAGAGGCCAUGAACCCAAAUGCUUGCAGAGCUGCUGGCAGAGGUCUUCAGCCUAAAGGCGUGAGAGUAAAGGAGGUUGCAGACUUCAAAGUGUUCACCAAGGGAGCUGGCAGCGGAGCACUGAAUGUCUCAGUCAAAGGACCAACUGGAGCAGAGGAGCAAGUGAAAGUGCGAGAUGUGGGCAAUGGUGUGUAUGAAUGUGAAUAUUACCCCCUUAAGCCUGGUAAAUACACAGUCAGCAUCACUUGGGGAGGCCAGCCCAUCCCACGCAGCCCCUUCGAAGUGGAGGUGGGUGCAGAGGCAGGUUUUCAGAAGGUGAGAGCCUGGGGUCCUGGUCUGAAGACAGGCAUGGUGGGAAAAUCUGCUGACUUUGUGGUGGAGGCCAUCGGCACUGAAGUCGGAACUCUAGGUUUCUCCAUCGAAGGGCCAUCGCAGGCGAAAAUUGAGUGUGAUGAUAAGGGUGAUGGCUCCUGCGAUGUGCGCUAUUGGCCCACUGAGCCUGGUGACUAUGCUGUUCAUGUCAUUUGUGAUGAUGAAGACAUCAAGGACAGUCCCUUCAUGGCCCACAUCCUCCCCGCAGCCAAUGAUGUUUUCCCUGAGAAGGUUAAAGCCUAUGGCCCAGGUCUGCAGCCAACUGGCGUCAUUGUGAACAAACAAACAGAAUUCACUAUUGAUGCCCGCAUGGCUGGGAAGGGGCACCUCAAGAUCUACGCACAGGAUGCUGAAGGCUGCAUCAUCAACAUCAAGAUCACUGACAGAGGAGACGGCACAUUUCUGUGUGUGUACACUCCUGUCAAGCCCAUUAAACACACCAUCAUCAUCACCUGGGGUGAGGUCAACGUACCCAAUAGUCCCUUCAGGGUGCUGGUUGGAGAGGGUUCUCACCCAGACAGAGUCAAGGUCUAUGGACCUGGAGUGGAGAAGACGGGGCUCAAGGCUAACGAGCCAACCUACUUCACUGUGGACUGUGGCGAAGCUGGUCAAGGGGACAUCAGCAUCGGAAUCAAGUGUGCCCCAGGCGUGGUUGGCCCUGCCGAGGCAGACAUAGACUUUGACAUCAUCAAGAAUGACAAUGACACCUUCACUGUCAAAUACACUCCUCCCGGUCCGGGCCGAUAUACCAUCAUGGUGCUGUUUGCUGAUCAGGAAAUUCCAAUCAGUCCAUUCAAAGUCAAAGUGGAUCCUUCCCAUGAUGCUGGUAGGGUGAGAGCAGAGGGUCCUGGACUCAACAAGACAGGUGUGGAGGUGGGCUCUCCAACACACUUCACCAUCUACGCAAAGGGAGCAGGCAAAGCCAAGCCUGAGGUGCAUUUUGUACCAUCAGGCCCAGGAGAGGCAGUUCGUGACUUUGAGAUCAUCGAUAACCACGAUUACACCUACACUGUCAAGUACACGGCUCUUCAGCAGGGCAACAUGACUAUUUCUGUGACUCAUGGAGGAGAUCCCAUUCCCAAAAGCCCCUUCCACAUCACAGUGUCACCACCAUUGGAUAUUGGAAAGGUGAAAGUGGAAGGAUUAGAAACCAAAGUGGAGGUUGGGAAGGAUCAAGAGUUCACCAUUAACACAAAGGGCGCUGGUGGGCAAGGCAAUGUAGGUGUGAAGAUGACCUCACCCUCCGGUCGACCAAUCCCAUGCAAGCUGGAAGGAGACAAAGCCCAAGGCACUCACAGUGUGAAGUAUAUUCCCCCAGAGGAGGGGCAGUACAAGGUUGAUGUCCUCUAUGAUGGGAACCCUGUAAUGGGAAGCCCGUUUGGCGUUGAAGCAGUGAUGCCUGCUGAUCCUUCAAAGGUGCGAGCCUAUGGUCCCGGCCUAAAGGGAGGCAUUGUGGGUAAACCAGCUCCGUUCACUAUUGACACAAAGGGAGCCGGCGCAGGUGGGCUGGGCCUGACAGUAGAAGGUCCCUGUGAGGCAAAAAUCGAGUGCCAAGACAAUGGUGAUGGCACAUGCUCAGUGUUCUACCUGCCCACUGAGCCCGGCGAAUAUGCCAUCAACAUCCUGUUUGCAGAGCAGCACAUCCCCGGCUCACCCUUCAAAGCUGCUGUUCGACCAGCCUUCGACCCCAGCAAGGUGACUGCCAGUGGGCCUGGUCUGGAGAGGGCCAAGGCAGGUGAGCCUGCCACCUUCACAGUGGACUGCACCAGAGCGGGUGACGGCGAGCUCACCAUCGAGAUCGUGUCAGAGACUGGAGUUAAGGCGGAGGUGCACAUUCAGAAAACUGCAGAGGGCACGUUCUCUGUCACGUACAUCCCACCCUUCCAUGGCUCUCACACCAUCACGAUCAAGUACGGUGGCCACGUGAUUCCCCACUUUCCAAAAGUCCUGCAGGUCGAGCCCUCUUUGGACACCAGUGGAGUGCAUGUAUAUGGGCCUGGAGUGGAGCCCAGAGGAGUCCUCCGAGAAGUUACAACCCACUUCAUUGUUGAUGCCCGCGCCCUCAACAAGGUUGGAGGAAGCCAUGUGAAGGUUCACAUCAUCAGCCCCUCUGGCACCAACACAAACAGCUACAUUACUGACAAGGGAGACGGCACCUACAGGGUGGAGUACACAGCAUUCGAGGAUGGAAUGCAUCUGAUUGAAGUGCAGUACGAUGAUGUGCCUGUGCCCAAGAGCCCCUUCAGAGUGUCUGUGGUGGAGGGAUGUGAUCCAACCCGGGUCCGUGCCUUUGGACCAGGUCUGGAAGGAGGAAUAACCAACAAGUCUAACUGUUUCACUGUGGAGACCAGGGGUGCUGGUACAGGAGGCCUGGGUCUGACCAUUGAGGGAGCUUCAGAGGCAAAAAUAUCCUGCAAGGACAAUAAAGAUGGCAGCUGUAGCGUAGAGUAUGUUCCCUUCACUCCCGGAGACUACGACGUAAACAUUAACUACGGAGGUCACCCGAUCCCCGGCAGUCCGUUCCGCGUGCCUGUGAAAGACCCUGUGGACCCCAGCAAGGUAAAAUGCUCAGGUCCAGGUCUGGGCACCGGAGUGAGAGCCCACGUUCCUCAGACUUUCACAGUAGACAGCACCCAGGCUGGACAGGCCCCACUGGAUGUCAAACUCUACGGCCCAACAGGUACUGUGGAGCCUGUUGGCGUGAAGAAUAAUGGGGAUGGCACCCACACAGUUCACUACACCCCAGCCCAGGAUGGCCCCUAUACUGUAGCAGUCAAAUAUGCAGAUCAGGAAGUCCCACACAGCCCAUUCAAGGUAAUGUCUCAGCCUGGGCAUGAUGCCAGUAAGGUGCGCGCCAGUGGCCCUGGUCUAGACACUAAAGGUGUGUCUGCGAGCUUGCCGGUUGAGUUCACUAUUGAUGCUCGUGAUGCCGGGGAGGGACUUCUCACAGUGCAGAUUCUGGACCCAGAGGGCAAGCCAAAGAAUGCGACCAUCCAGGAUAACAGGGAUGGCACCUACACUGUGUCCUACGUGCCUGACUCUACGGGACCUUACACCAUCACCAUCAAAUAUGGGGGAGAUGAGAUUCCUUACUCCCCGUACCACAUCCAGUCACUGCCAACAGGAGAUGCCAGCAAAUGUCGCCUAACAGUGUCAAUUGGAGGACACGGCGUGUCAAAUCUUCAGAAACUGCAAACCUCUGAGGACACAGUUAUCACAGUGGACGCCAAAGCUGCUGGGAAGGGCAAGGUGACCUGUAAGGUGUUGACCCCAAAGGGGAUGGAGCUGGAUAUGGAUGUGGUAGAGAAUCACGACGGAACCUUUGACAUUUACUACACCGCCCCUGAACCUGGGAAAUAUGUAAUUACCAUCCGUUUUGGGGGGCAGAACAUCCCCAACAGCCCCUUCCAAGUGGUGGUGAGUAAAGGACGAUUAAAUGCGGCCCAGCUGAGUGCUAGAUUUAGUCUUGUUUUGACAUUUGGUGCUAUGAAACCAACAAUUUCUCUUCUCUCACAGGCCACAAACGAGCCAGUCGUUCCCCGCGAUACUGUGGAUCCCCUCUUCCGUCCCGUUAACUUCGUUGUCCCCUUCACACCGCAGCAAGGGGAAAUCACAGGCGAGGUGCGGAUGCCUUCUGGCAAGACGGCUCGCCCACACAUCACUGACAAUAAGGAUGGCACCAUCACAAUCAAGUACCAGCCCACAGAGAGAGGCCUGCAUGAGAUGGACAUUAAAUAUGAAGGAAACCACAUCCCAGGAAGCCCUCUGCAGUUCUAUGUGGAUGCUGUGAACAGUGGAGUGGUCACUGCUUAUGGUCCAGGUCUGAGUUACGGCACCGUCAACAAGGCUGCCACUUUCACUGUGGUCACCAAGAACGCAGGAGAAGGUGGUCUGUCACUAGCAGUGGAGGGUCCCUCUAAGGCUGAGAUCACUUGUAAGGACAACAAAGAUGGCACCUGCACCGUGUCCUACCUGCCCACAGCUCCUGGAGACUACAACAUCAUUGUCAAGUUUGACAACAAGCACAUUCCUGGCAGUCCCUUUACUGCUAAGAUCACUGGGGAUGACUCCAUAACCAGGACAUCCCAGCUGAAUGUCGGCACAUCGGCCGAUGUGUCCCUGAAGAUCACGGAGACAGAUCUGAGCUCUCUGACUGCCAGUAUCAGAGCUCCAUCUGGUAAUGAAGAGCCCUGCCUGCUCAAGAGACUGCCCAACAGACACCUUGGCAUCUCCUUCACUCCCAAGGAGGUUGGCGAGCACGAAGUGAGUGUGAGGAAGAAUGGCAUGCACGUGGCCAACAGCCCUUUCAAAAUAAUGGUCGGCCAGUCAGAGAUCGGUGAGGCAAGCAGAGUAAAGGCUUUCGGUAAAGGCCUGGUGGAGGCGCACACUUUUGAAAUGGCUGAGUUUUUUGUGGAUACGAGGAAUGCAGGAUAUGGAGGUCUGGCACUCUCAAUUGAGGGUCCAAGCAAAGUAGAUAUUAACUGUGAGGAUGUAGAGGAUGGGACGUGCAGGGUGACAUACUGCCCAACAGAGCCUGGUAGUUACACUGUUAACAUCAAGUUUGCUGAAAAGCACAUCCCAGGAAGUCCAUUCACAGUGAAGGUGACUGGAGAAGGACGAAUCAAGGAGAGUAUAACAAGGAAAAGACAGGCAUCUUCUAUUGCCUCAGUGGGCAGCACAUGCGGUCUUAACCUCAAGAUCCCAGGAAACUGGUUCCAGAUGGUUUCAGCUCAGGAGAGGCUUACAAGGACAUUCACCCGCAGCAGCCAUACCUACACCCGCACUGAGCGCACGGAGAUUAGCAAAAUCCGUGGUGGAGAGACCAAGAGGGAGGUACGAGUGGAGGAGAGCACUCAGGUGGGAGGAGGAGGAAGCCCUUUCAGAGAUGUUUUUGGAGACUUUCUGGGCAGGGAGAGCCUCAGCAGCUUUGCCGGCAUCACUGCCAGGCCUGAGGUUGAGAGUGGCUCUCAGGCCAUGACAGCUCAGGUGACCAGUCCCAGUGGGAAAACGGUGGACGCUGACAUCGUGGAUGGAGGAAGCAGCACCUACAGCGUGCGCUUCAUCCCACAGGAAAUUGGAGCCCAUAAUGUCAACGUCAAAUACAGAGGCCAGCAUGUUCCCGGAAGCCCCUUCCAGUUCACUGUGGGCCCCAUGGGAGAAGGAGGCGCACACAAAGUCCGUGCAGGAGGUCCUGGCCUUGAGAGAGGCGUGGCUGGAGCACCUUCUGAGUUUAGUAUCUGGACCAGAGAGGCAGGUGCUGGUGGCCUGUCUAUUGCUGUAGAAGGCCCCAGCAAGGCUGAAAUCUCCUUUGAGGACAGGAAAGAUGGCUCCUGCGGCGUCUCCUACAUAGUGAAAGAGCCAGGUGACUAUGAGGUGUCAAUCAAGUUCAACAACGAGCACAUCCCUGACAGCCCCUUCAUUGUUCCGAUCGCUACACUGUCAGACGAAGCCCGCAGGCUCACUGUCACAAGCCUUCAGGAGAAAGACUUGAAGGUAAACCAAGAAGCAUCUUUCAUGGUGCAACGCAACGGGGCCCGAGGUGUGGUUGACGCCAAAGUACACACUCCCUCUGGCUCUUCGGAGGAAUGCUACGUCACUGAGCUAGACAGCGACAAGAGCGCCAUCCGAUUUAUUCCACGUGAUAAUGGCGUUCAUUCCAUUGAUGUCAAGUUCAAUGGGUGCCACAUUCCUGGAAGCCCCUUCAAUGUUCGAGUGGGAGAUCCAGGGCUAAUUGGAGACCCAGGCAUGGUGACUGCACACGGCCCUGGACUGCUGGGAGGAACAACGGGCGUAUCCUCCGAGUUUGUAGUCAACACCUGUAACGCAGGCUCUGGCACUCUGUCAGUCAACAUCGACGGGCCAUCCAAGGUCAAGAUGGACUGUCGGGAGUGUCCUGAAGGCUACAAGAUCACCUACACGCCGAUGGCACCUGGCAACUAUCUCAUCACCAUCAAAUACGGAGGGCCACAGCACAUAGUGGGCAGUCCUUUCAAAGCCAAAAUCACAGGCACAAGGCUGUCAGGGGGGCACAGCCUCCACGAGACUUCCUCCGUCUUGGUUGAAACAGUUACCAAGACCUCCAAAGUGGGAGGUGCCUACAGCUCCUCCUCUUCCACCACCUCAACAAAACUUACAUCUGACGCCAGCAAGGUGGUUUGUCGUGGCACGGGGCUGUCCAAGGCUUCAGUCGGGCAGAAAAACAAUUUUACCGUUGACUGCAGCAAAGCAGGUACAAACAUGCUGAUGGUAGGCGUGCAUGGACCUCACGCUCCCUGCGAGGAGGUCUACGUCAAGCACAUGGGAAACAAGCUCUACAAUGUCACCUACACCGUCAAGGACAAGGGCAGUUACACCGUCAUCGUCAAAUGGGGCGAUGACAAUGUCCCUGGAAGCCCCUACAAAGUGGUUGUACCAUAAAAGAACUGCGCAAAUGACCCUUACCUACUCCUCCACUGACCCACCCGCGCUUUUCUCAUCAUUUGCACAUAUCAGUCAAGCUCCCCAGUACCUCUUACCUGGUACUGCUGUUUGCUCUUCAAUGGAUUGCAAUAUACUCAACAACCACAUCAUGCAAGGACAUUUGCUUACAGCUUUACUGAUGUUAGAAUAUGUAUUGUGCCAAAGAUUUGUAUUAACUCCAGAAAUGACAUUGUACACUCACAAGUGUGCAUCCACAUUCAAUGGGAUGUAGAGGCAACAGUGUGGUUUAGACGUUUUACUGUAAACAAAUACCAUAAGAUGGUGUUAAGACCUGCUGGAGUAAUCAACGGUAUUAAAGUGUGAUGCAAUAUGGUUUUGUAUGGUUUAAGAAUGAGACAGUUUUUUUGUUAUAUUAACCUAUUUUUGGUAAGUCUUUGCAGACCUAAUAAAGAAUUAAUUGCUAACAUUCGAGAAGAAAAAAAA